AUAUUUUAUUGUUGUAUUAUUGGUUAACUGUUAUUAAUUUUAUUUUUAUCAAUUUAAUUUGUAAUUUUUAUAUUAUGUACAGAUAAUAUGGAACGUCGUCCCAUCUAUGUACGUCAUAGUAUGCGUUUGGCAGUAGCAAGCAUAAUAGAUAAGUUUGAAAAUGAUUCUUUUGAAAAUGGAACCCCAAUCUCAGAGUUUGGGUUUGAAAAAAUUAGAUUAGGUCGUAUGCUGCAAAAUGUAGGAAAAAACAUAAGUGAAGAUUAUAUUAUGCAAAAAAUAGCAGAGACCCUUCCCACCACCUGGGAUUCUGCAAAGGAAAUUUUUUUUAAUCACGACCAACCAACCUGUGUGGUACUAUUUAUACAAUUAUUGGCGGAAGCGGAGCGCAAGAUCUAUCCACUUUGGAUACAAUUUGAGAUAGAGAAAAUGGAUCCACAAUCAGAUGUCAUAGACCAUAUAAAAAGAAAGAAUCAUUAUUUAGAGAACUGAGACAAAAAAGUUGUACGCUGUUGUUAACACGCUUCUAUCUUUGUGGCCGAUUGACUUCAUUCAUACGUAGUUCGAGAAUGGCUUCCUAGAUAUGAUAGAAUUGAAAGAUCUGUUAGAGAACAUCGAAAAUGACUUAAUCUAUUUACAAGCAUUAGAAGACUGGGAGGCUCAACAGAGGAACAAUGAACAUCAGAACUU